UCUCCCAUUUUGAAGCUCUCUCUCUCAUUUCUCUCCCAUGGCGAUGGCUUCCAGAGAUGAUCAUUAUGAUCACCAGCUUCACAGCAUUCACUUCAUUCUGAUUCCUCUAAUGGCCCAAGGCCACAUGAUCCCAAUGACUGACAUAGCAAGAUUGCUUGCCCAGCGAGGAGUCACCAUCACCAUCGUCACCACCCCACUUAAUGCUUUCCGAUUCAAGCCCGUCAUCGAUCGUGCCGCCGAAUCCGGCCUCCGUAUCCGACUUCUUCAACUUCGCUUCCCAUCUAAAGAAGCCGGACUCCCUGAGGGGUGUGAAAACAUCGACCAUCUCCCCUCACGAGAACUCUUCAAAAACUUCUUUAACGCUUGCUCCAUGCUCCAACCAGCCUUAGAACAGUCUCUUCAAGAAAUGGAUCCACACCCAAGUUGUAUAAUCUCAGACAUGGGUCAUCCAUGGACAUCUCAUUCGGCUCUUAAGUUUGGGAUUCCAAGGUUUUUCUUCAAUGGUAUGUCUAGCUUCAGUCUCUUAUGCAACCAAAACUUACUCCUUCACAAGCCACAUCAGAGUGUCAAAUCCGAUUCAGAGCCCUUCCUGAUUCCAGGCAUGCCUCAUCGAAUCGAGUUAACAAAAGCUCAGUUAAUUCCAAAUGUUUUCGACGAUCAACCCCUACUCCAAGAGCUCCGAGAACAAAUCAGAGAGGGUGAAAGAACAUCAGAUGGUGUGGUGAUCAAUAGUUUUUACGAAUUAGAAUCUAGUUAUGUAGAUGGGUACCAGAAGCUUAUGGGGAAGAAAGCCUGGUGUGUUGGCCCUGUUUCACUAUACAAUAAAGAAGCCUCAGAUAAGGCUGAUAGAGGUAAUAAAGCAGCCAUUGAUGAGGAGAAAUGCUUGAAGUGGUUGGAUUCGAGAGAGGUAGCUUCUGUCGUUUAUUUAUGUUUUGGGAGCCUAUGUCCCUUGGCUCCUUCACAAUUAAUAGAAAUUGGGUUGGCUUUGGAUAGAUCGAAUCAACCAUUUAUAUGGGUAAUCAAACAAGUAUCACAAGAGUUGGAGAGAUUGUUAUUGGAAGAAGGAUUUGAAGAGAGGACGAAAGGAAGAGGUCUACUGAUUAGGGGCUGGGCGCCACAAGUCUUGAUCUUGUCUCACAGGGCGGUGGGAGGGUUCAUAACACAUUGUGGAUGGAACUCGACCCUGGAAGGGGUGACCGCAGGUGUGCCUAUGAUAACUUGGCCCAUGUUUGCAGAUCAAUUCUAUAACGAGAAGCUGAUUGUGCAGAUUUUGGGGAUUGGAAUAAGGGUUGGUGUGGACGUUCCUUGUAAUAUGGGGGAAGGUGAAAAGCUUGGGGUGUAUGUGAAGAGACAAGAGGUUGAGAAUGCCAUUAGGAUGUUAAUGGAUGGUGGAGAGGAAGGAGAAUUGGUAAGAAAGAAAGCGAGAGAGAUUGGGGAGAUAGCAAACAGAGCAGUUGAAGAAGGGGGAUCUUCGCAUCUCAACAUUAGACUCUUUAUUCAAGAUAUCAUGCAUCAGGUUACUCAGAAACAUUCCAAGGAGAGGAGUUGAUUUUGAUGCAAAAUCAAAGAGAUUAUUUUUCUUUUAUAUAUAAUUCUUGUAUUGUAUUGUAGUGUUCCCUUUCAGAUUUGCAUUUGCUUCAUAUGUCUGGUUCAUGGAGUAUCAUAUGAUUCAGAUCUUAGCUGUUCAAACAGAGCAUGUGGGUGCUCUCCCGAUUUAUAAAGGAUGGGGCAAUUAAUAUCA